AUGUCGUCAGGAGGCAAGAGGAUCGUAUUUACUGGCGGCUCAGGGAAGGCUGGCCGCCAUGCCAUUCCAGAACUGUUGAAGAAGGGUCACAAGGUCCUCAAUCUGGAUCUCGUCGACUUCCCAGACCCCAAUGCCGGAGUAUUCACUCUCAAAUGCGAUUUGACAGAUGAAGGUCAGGUCUUCAAUGCCCUAACAACUCACUAUAAUAUGGGCGAAGGAUACGAGCAAGGCUAUCCAGAGCCGCCUCCGGAUGCAGUCAUCCACUUCGGUGCCUAUGCUCGCAACAUGAUUGUUCCGGAUAAUGAGUGCUUCAAGGCGAAUGUCACCUCGACAUACAACGUGAUCGAAGCGGCGUGUAAAUUGGGGGUCAAGAAAAUAGUCAUUGCCAGCUCAGAGACGACCUACGGCGUUUGCUUCUCUGAAGGCGAUUCUGACUAUCACUCGUUCCCGCUCGAAGAAGACUACGACUGUGACCCAGCUGAUUCGUAUGCCCUGUCGAAGCUUUGCGGUGAGCAGACCGCAAGGACCUUUGCGCGCCGUUUCAAGAACGAUAUCUACGCUUUAAAAAUUGGCAACGUAAUCGAGCCCCACGAGUAUUCCAACUUCGAAAAAUACGUCAACGAGCCCAUGACGAGAAAACGCAAUGCCUGGUCAUACAUCGACGCGAGAGAUCUUGGGCAAAUUUGCAACCUCUGCAUCGAGAAGUCCGGUCUGGGCUUCCAGCUCUUCAAUGCCACCAACACAACGAUCACGACCAAGAUCCCUACCGAGCAGUUCUUGAAAGAGAACUGCCCGAAUGUUCCCAUUACCAGGAAGAUGGACGAAUGGGAGGCGCCUCUUAGCAACCGUAAGAUCCGGGAGGUCUUGGGGUUUGUUGAAGAGCACAAUUGGAGGAAGUACUAUCAGCCUUCGUAG